CCUCGAUAUAGUAGCUCCUCGAAAGAGGUAUAUUGUUUGCUCGCUUCUUUCCCUGAAGCGCCUACUUACUUUAAUUCUUUCUUCCCAACAGUUUGUUCUGUUAGAUUUGCCUACCCACGCUCAGUUCUUAUUGCGUGCCACCUUUAUUGUUCACUAUCUAAUUACUAUACUGACAUUCCCUGUCCCCAUUUGCUUGAUUGUAUGAAGGCACGCAAGAUCCUCUAAAAGUAAAGAAGUUGGACGUAUCCGAUGACGCACGGUCGAGACGAGGGCUCCUCGGACUCGAUGUCUCGGAGAAGACCCAACUUCUCAACGCGAACUGCUCAAGAAGAUGUCUCUCGAUUGGCUCCAAGCGAGUCGCCCAACGCAUCUCCCAAGGGGAAUAGCAAAUCCCUGAAUUGGAGAAAUGCACUAUCAUUCCGCCCGUACGAGCCAUUGAACUCGUCCUCUCACACGCUUGAACGUCAACGCCACUCACUACCCUCGAAUUUCUUUGGUAAUAUCUCCCGUUGGUGGGAUAAAUCUGAUCAUGAUGGAACAGAAAGUACCUCUAAUGAAAGAACACACCUGCCCGUUCAUCUUCCUACAGGUCCACUGCGAGACUCUAGCGUGGAUCAAAAGGAACGAGAUGGCCAAAAGAAUCGCACAUCUGACAAUGCUGAAAAGCUCGGAACUUUUUCGGGGGUAUUUGUGCCGACCACCUUGAACGUCCUAAGCAUUCUGAUGUUCCUUCGCUUCGGAUUUAUCCUUGGGCAAGCUGGCUUGCUGGGGAUGCUAGGCUUGCUCGUCGUAUCAUAUACCAUCAAUCUAGUGACCACUAUGUCUCUUUCUGCCAUUGCUACCAAUGGAACUGUUAAAGGAGGGGGUGCCUACUAUCUGAUCUCCCGAUCACUGGGUCCAGAGUUUGGUGGUUCUAUUGGCAUUGUAUUCUACCUGGGUUACGUGUUGAAUACCGGGAUGAAUGCGGUUGGUCUCGUUGACUGUUUUACACAAAAUUUUGGAACGGAGUCUGGCACGUUGUCCAACUUUCUUGAAGAAGGCUUCUGGUGGCAGUAUCUCUGGGGUACUAUCAUUCUGCUUAUUUGCACCGGGAUUUGCCUGGCUGGGAGUUCCAUUUUUUCCAGAGCAAGCAAUGGUCUACUUAUCAUUCUAUUAGUUGCUACUUUCAGCAUACCGGUAUCUGCGAUCUCCAUGAAGCCGUUCAGCAUACCUAAGCUUCAUGUGACAUUCACUGGGAUGCGCCUUCAGACGCUAUUGGAGAACCUCAAGCCUAGGCUCACCAAGGGCGCUGCCGGCAGCCAGAUCCGCGGAAAGGAAAAUUUCCAGGACCUCUUUGGAAUAUUGUUCCCUGCUACCGGUGGUAUAUUCGCUGGUGCCAGCAUGUCUGGGGAUUUGAAGAACCCGAGCCAGUCUAUCCCAAAGGGUACACUAUCUGGGCUGGCUCUGACAUUUAUCACCUAUUCGAUUGUAAUAGUUUCGAUGGCUGCCUCUGUAACAAGGGAAUCGCUCUACAAAAAUGCCGAUAUCAUCCAAGUUACCAAUGCAUCAGGGAUUGUCAUCCUCCUAGGAGAGUUUGCAACAACAUUCUUUUCAGCGCUGAUGGGAGUGAUCGGUUCUGCGAAGCUUCUACAGGCAAUUGCACGAGACAAUUUGGUCCCUGGCCUGACCCUUUUCAGCAAAGGAACUAAGAAAAAUGACGAGCCGGUCCACGCAAUUAUGAUGACGUUCGCUGUUGCUCAACUAACGAUGCUGUUUGACAUUAACCAGAUUGCGUCCUUUGUCACUAUGACUUAUCUCAUGACAUUCUUGGUAAUGAACCUUGCAUGUUUCCUUUUGAAAAUUGGAUCCGCGCCUAAUUUCCGGCCGUCCUUUCACUACUUCAAGUGGCAGACCGCCGCAGCAGGAACCUUGGUUUGUGGAGCUAGUAUGUUUUUCGUGGAUGGCGUCUAUGCCACGGGCUGCGUCGGCAUCCUGAUCCUAUUGUUUUUGCUGAUUCACUAUACAUCCCCCCCCAAACCGUGGGGCGAUGUGAGCCAAAGUCUUAUAUACCACCAAGUGCGCAAGUAUCUACUCCGCCUUCGACAAGAGCACGUUAAAUUCUGGAGACCCCAGAUUUUACUGUUUGUGACCAAUCUCGAUGACCAAUUCAAGAUGGUCUCAUUUUGCAACUCAUUGAAAAAGGGUGGAUUGUUUGUACUCGGACACGUCAUUGUGACCGACGAUUUCUCUUCGGCGGUUCCAGAAGCUCGUCGCCAGCAAACUAUGUGGACCAAGUUUGUCGAAAAUUCAAAAGUGAAAGCUUUCGUGAACAUCACAGUUUCCCCCUCAGCGGAAUGGGGUAUCCGUAACGUCGCAUUAAACUCUGGACUUGGAGGCAUGCGGCCAAACAUCGUUGUCAUUGACCAGUUUCGCAAUGGUCAGUCAUUAGUUGAGACAUUACAGCCCAGGAAGGAUUCAAAUGACAGACGUAACUCGCGUGAUCUGGCUCCUGAAUGCGCCGAGAAUAUAACGUCGCCACCAAUGAGCUGCGCAAACUACGUGACUAUUCUGGAAGAUCUUCUCUUCAAGCUUCGCAUCAAUGUGGCUGUGGCAAAGGGCUUUGAGAACCUUGAGCUGCCUACGUUUGGACAACAUAAGAAAAAAUACAUCGAUCUCUGGCCUAUUCAGAUGUCUGCAGAAAUUGGAGCUGACACGGAAAGCAAGAAGAAUGUCCUCACUACCAACUUUGAUACCUACACCCUGAUUCUUCAGUUGGGAUGUAUUCUAAAUACCGUGCCUUCCUGGAAAAAGACGUACAAAUUACGGGUCGCGGUAUUUGUUGAGUAUGAAACGGACGUUGAUGAUGAACGAGGAAGAGUCCAAGCGCUUCUUGAGAAGUUGAGAAUUGAGGCAGAAGUUUUGGUUUUCUGGCUUGCGUGUGGCGAUGUGCAAAGUUACCGCGUUAUUGUAAAUGGCGACAAAUCACCAGAGACCAGCGAGAUACAGCGAAAGGUGCGCAUUGCUUUAAAGGACGAAGGCUGGUGGCAGGACAUUGAAAGACUUCGCAGGAAAUCUCACAGUGAGUCCAGGCCGGACAACCUUGGGGCCGAGUUAGGAAGGGUGCCCACUUGGCAUGGCGCUUCUAGCCACGAUACCGUGCAAAAGCCCUCUGGGCGACUGGCUGGUGGGCUAAAGAAGUUUAUGGAAUCUUCUAGGCGGCGGCGUUCUAUCUCCAGCUUCAAAGGGUUUGGUGGUGUGAAUCUAGGCAUGCAAACGCAUCGCUUACUAGAUACUUUUGUUGACUACGACUCAAGUGACGCUAGUCCGAGUGAUAGCAGCAGCGACAGCGAGUUUGAGCCCUAUGUCAGCGAUGGGGAGGAUGGCCCGAACGGCAAGGACCCAGUAUCCCCGGACAAUACUACCAAACCGGACGUCCCAUCUAUCAUUGCCCCUGAUGACUCUCCCAAAACCGGGGGAAGCGGAGGUCGACCGCCUAUCAGCCGUUCGCCGUCCAGCAAUCGGUUCAAUGCGUCGCCGAUUCCUGAAGCUAGGGUCAACACAGAUGAAGGCGCGGGGCCGUCGAUCAUGUUCGCACCAAGCUCGUCACCCCCGCGGCCUUCAAACAGACUUGAAUCCAUUUAUACGCGUCGAUCGUCUUCGGAUGCCUCUGGGACUGCGUCCGGGUACCCCCGGCAAGCGUCCGUCCCUCUAUCCUUCAAUGACCUUCCUAGCCGAGCGCAACACCUAAUCCUGAAUGAAUUGAUGGCUGAGCAUAGCAGUGAAACUGCCGUCAUUUUUACGACGCUACCGUCUCCCAUGGAGGGUACUGCACAGAAUGAAGCGACAAGUGAAUCUUACCUGAAUGACCUGGACGUUUUAUGGCAAGGGUUGCCGCCGUGUUUACUGGUUCAUAGUAACAGUAUGACGGUGACAAUGAACCUCUAAUGAGUCUACGAUUACAAUAGAUGGCAGUGUCUUAACGCUGCAUCAUGUACAGAUGAUGCAUGACACACGAGUAUAUAUUUACAGGAAUGGAAGUUAUAUAUAGCUAGUGAAUCAAAUAGAAGUUUUCUUUCAA